AUGGCUAGUUCUUUACCCUUUAGAGAUAUCAACGUCCAUGCCUCAACAUCGCAUUACGCAUUCACAUCACCAUCUUCACCCUCAGCACCAACACUCGUAGUUGAUCGACCAACAGGAGAUAUACGACUUAAUGAUGGAGCACUUUUGGGGGGAAAGCGUGUAUCCAGUAUUGCUGGCAUCUUGGGCAUGAUCAAACUACGACUGGAUAAGUACAUUAUUGUAAUUACAAAGGCACAACCUAUUGGAAGACUGAAGGGGCAUAUGGUGUUUAAAAUUAUCACAACUGAAUUCUUACCUCUCCGAGAACGAGCGCUUCGAGAUCAAGACGAAGAUACCUACCUAAACCUCCUCAAGAUCUUCAUCAAGUCUGCACCGAUGUACUUUUCAUAUUCUUCCGACAUUACCAACACUUUUCAGAGACAAUCGCAACUUGACACAUCAGCCCCUCUAUGGAAGCGAGCAGACGACCGGUUCUUUUGGAAUAAAUUUAUACAGUCAGAUUUAAUAGAUUUCCGAACAUCUGGGUCUCGACAUCAACAUGGACAACAACCAGCGGCGGAUCCAUAUAUCUUGCCAGUUAUGUUUGGAAUGUUUGAGAUCGUCCACACUCAAGUCAAAUCUACUCCAUUGACUUUUAUCUUGGUUACCCGAAGAUCCAGAUACCGAGCUGGAACUAGAUACUUUUCUCGAGGUGUGGAUGAGGAUGGGCAUGUUUCGAAUUUCAAUGAGACGGAGCAAAUUAUCAUUCUGAAUGAUAACAGCAGUGGGCUUGGUGGAUUUGCCGGAGGUGCUGGAAUGCAAAAUGGCAAAGUUGGAGGACCAGGCGACAAGGAGAUGCAGAUAUUGUCAUAUGUACAAACCAGAGGAAGUGUCCCAGUAUUUUGGGCAGAAGUCAACACUUUACAUUAUACACCAAAACUUCAGAUUCGAGGAGUAGAAAGCGCCGUUCCUGCCGCUAAGGCGCAUUUCGAUGAGCAGAUCCGAAUUUAUGGGGACAAUUAUUUGGUAAAUUUGGUAAACCAAAAAGGACGCGAGCAGCGGGUAAAAGAAGCAUAUGAACAGAUGGUAAAGAUUUUGGUUUCGACGCCAACUGAAAGCAGACAAAGUGAUCAAAUUACAGAUGAGAAAUUCCGGGUGGUUGAGCCUAGUGGAAAGAGACAAGAGAUGGACAGACUGCACUACGUAUACUUCGAUUUUCACAACGAAACCAAAGGAUUAAAAUGGCACCGAGCACAAUUAUUGCUUGACCAACUCAAUUCUGCCCUUGAAGCACAACAGUAUUUCCGUGGAAUUGAUAUGCCAGCUGAUAUUGAUGGUCGCCUCGAAGUUCGCAAUCACCAGACUAGUGUUGUCCGCACAAAUUGUAUGGACUGCCUUGAUAGAACAAAUGUUGUCCAAAGCAUGCUCGGCCGAUGGACUCUAAAUCGACAGUUAACAGAUCUUGGUGUUCUCACUCGUGGCGAGACCUUUACAACAGCCGACCCCGAGUUUGAAGUUCUUUUCCGUAAACUUUGGGCCGACAACGCUGAUGUCGUCUCCAAAUCCUAUUCUGGAACAGGCGCCCUCAAAACAGAUUUCACAAGGACAGGUGUGAGAACCAAAGCAGGUGCUCUUCAAGAUCUCCAAAAUUCUAUCACGCGUUACGUGAGAAAUAACUUCCUAGACGGACCUAAGCAGGAUUCAUUUGAUCUAUUCCUCGGCUACUAUCUUCCUAGUAAUGCAAACAUUGGCUCUCAUCUUAUUACUGCCGAUAGGAGACCAUUACUCAUUCAAAGCAUCCCUUAUAUCCUUGCCUUCAGUAUCUUCUUCGUUUUUGUUGGCCUCUUCACCCCUCGUCUACCUAACGCCGCUGUAUUACCGUUGAGAAUUUGGGUUAUGGUUUGGUUGGUAGUAGGAGCAUGGUGUGCUAAUUUUGUUUACGGCAACGGAAUGCUAUAUGUCAACUGGCCCAAGCUCAAUCCUCGCCCCUGGGCUACAGAAGGCUAUAAUGAAGCAAUAAGCAACGCACGCAAAGACAAAUUAGUCGGUGGGCUAGUAGCAACUAAGCACGAACGUGGAUUGAGCACAGCUCGUUACGCGAAUGCCGAGGAAGGAAAAAAGAGAAUCGAGUAG